AUGAUUUUAAGAAAAAUACAUAUUUUUUUGAUAGUAUUGCUAUGGUGUAUUUUGGCGGCAUUAUGUCAGAAGACCACGUCUACAUCGACAGAAAAAUACGAAACACACAGCUAUCAGCCAUUAACAACCGAUCGCGAAGUAUAUUUAAAUGGUUCAGCAUAUAUUCGUCUACAAUCGACGAUCUCAUUACGUAGACAUAUCGGAUUAAGUUUUCGUACAUGUCAUGGUGAAGAAUUGUUCUCACAACAUGACCGUAGUAAUUCACAAUCAAAUAUUGCAUUAUCCGUCCAAGACAAUAGACUGAAAUUCUCUGUAACAAUUGGUAAACGACAAUUUGUUUCAGUAUUAGAAUCGUACAAAUCGUUAGUAGAUAAUAAAUGGCAUACGGUUGACCUAAUAUUUAGGUUUGGAAAUUUAACCAUGUAUUUGGAUGGAAUUAAUUCAGGAGAAUCACAGCUCCUGGCUAAUGAAACAUAUAAUAGUGAAAUUUUAACGAAUCCUGAAUUAAACAAAGAGGGUGGUAUCUUAAUUGUUGGAAGUAAUUUUAAUGGUUGCAUUCUAGAAGGUCCAUCAUUAUUGUUUGGCACCAAUAUCGGUACUUCGUACGAUGCUACUUUUGGCCCUUGUCCUUUAUCAACAGAAGCUUGUAAUCGAAGUUCUAUGAAUCCAAUAACAAGUAUACGUCAAGAUAUGGUUGCCACAAAACAACCAAAAAUGGCUAGCACCGACUAUUGUUUUAACGACCCAUGCAUGCGACAUGGAUCAUGCCAAUCACAUAGUAAUCGAUAUGAGUGUAAGUGUAGUGCACGAUACACCGGAAAAAAUUGUGAGGUAGAUUUGGGUCCACCUUGUGAUCGACCAUCAGCUAGUGGAACUGGGCCAUGUUUAAAUGGGGCACAAUGUAUUGAAGAUGCUAUGGGUGAUUAUUCAUGUGUUUGUACAGCAGAAUUUACAGGGACGCAUUGUGAAAGUAUAAUUGAAAUAAAUCCAUUAUGUGAAUCACAUCCAUGUAUAAACAAUGGAACAUGUACAGUGAGUCCAAACAAAUCCGAAUACCAUUGUAUCUGUAUUGAUGGAUUCACCGGUGAUCAUUGUGAAAUCAACGUUAAUGAAUGUCUAUCGAAUCCUUGUAAAAACAAUGGACAAUGUAUAGAUGGCAUCAACAAUUACACUUGUAACUGUGACAAUACUGGUUACACAGGACCGACAUGUGAAUUGGAUAUUGAUGAGUGUGAUACGAAUCCUUGUAUAAAUCAAGGAUAUUGUUUCAAUUAUUAUGGAACUUAUGUAUGCCAUUGUAGAAAUGGUUUCUAUGGUAAAAACUGUGAAAAUGUUCUAAAUGAAUGUGCCUUAAAUCCAUGUAAAAAUAAUGGCCGUUGUGAGAACGACGCUGAAAGCUACAAAUGUUUAUGUUUACCUGGUUACACGGGUUUAAAUUGUGAGGCCAAGGUAGCAUUUCCAUGUACAAAAGGCAUCACUGGUGAUUGUCCACAAUAUGCUGAAUGUUUGGAAUUAGGAGGCAUUCAACAAUGUGUUUGUAAGACUGGAUUCCCUAAACCUCCAGAAGGCUUGACUGCUAAUUGCACGGAAAAUCAAUUGUGUAAAAAUAAUCCAUGCAUGAAUCUUGGUACCUGUAUAUCUUUAGGAGAAUCAUAUCAAUGUGUUUGUAGGCCAGGAUUUACAGGAAAACAAUGCCAACAAGAAAUAAAUAAAUGUUUUACAAAUCCAUGCAAAAAUGGCGGUAUUUGUAAAGAAUCUAGCAGUGGUAAUGGUUUUAACUGUACGUGUACAGAAUUAUGGGCUGGAGCCACAUGUGAAAUACCUAUAAUAAAUAUUUGUCAAACACACAAUCCAUGUACCAACAAUGGUACUUGUAUUGUUGAUCCAAACAGUUUAAUGCAAUACACAUGUAAAUGUGUUGAAGGUUUUACUGGUGUCAGAUGCGAGACAAAUAUAAAUGAUUGUGAAAGUCCAGAUGCAUUGUGUCCAGAAAAUCAUAUUUGUGUGGAUGGUAUCAAUUCAUUUGAAUGCGUUUGUCCAGUUGGUUUUAAAGGUGAUAAUUGUUCAAUAAAGGUGGAUUCUUGUGAAGUACCUGGUACAUGUAAUAAUGGUACAUGCCAAAAAGUCGAUGAUAGCUACGAGUGUAAUUGUACUAAUACAGGAUCUACGGGAAAACAUUGUGAAGUAGAUAUCGAUGAAUGUAGUGUUUAUCCAUCAAUUUGUAAUCAUGGAAUAUGUAAAAACCUUAUUGGUGCUGGUUUUGAAUGUUAUUGUCGCCCUGGUUACACCGGCUAUCAGUGCGAACAAGACUUUGAUGAAUGUUUAUCACAUCCAUGCAAGAAUGGUGCUACGUGUCUGAAUCUAGUUAAUAAUUAUGAGUGUGAAUGUCCACCAGGAUAUACAUCUAAAGAUUGUAACAUAGAGAUUGAUGAAUGUUUAUCAAAUCCAUGUGCUAAUGGAUCAACAUGCGUCGAUGGAAUUGCAUCAUUCACAUGUGAAUGUCCCGCUGGUUUAUCUGGGCCAUUGUGUGAGCUUGAUAUUAACGAAUGUUUGUCCUCACCAUGUUUAAAUAAUGGUAAAUGUAUUGAUGGUAUCAAUAGUUACACAUGCGAUUGUGACAAUACUGGUUUCAGAGGUACACAUUGUGAUGAAAACAUUGAUGAUUGUUUAAGUAAUCCAUGUACAAAUGGUGCUAGUUGUAUUGAUCAAAUUUUAGACUACAAAUGCGCAUGUUAUGCAGGAUAUACAGGUAAAAAUUGUGAAAUUGACAUAGACGAAUGUUUAUCAAGUCCAUGUAAGCAUGGUGGAACUUGUCUACAGAAAUCAAACAUUACAUUAUAUGAUCGAACUUUCCAAGAGUCACUUAACUUUUCACUAUCAAAAACGUUCGAAAAUGAAUUCAAUUAUAGUAAUUCAGAUGGCUAUGAAUGUAUUUGCGUGUUAGGAACAACCGGCAAAAAUUGUGAAAUUGAUAUUAACGAAUGUGAUAGUAAUCCUUGUUAUAAUGGAUUAUGCACUGACCAUGUUGGCUACUACACGUGUGGUUGUGAAGAUGGUUUUGAAGGUCCUAGAUGUGAAAUUAAUAUCAAUGAAUGUGUCAAAUAUACACCAUGUGUGCAUGGUACAUGUUCUGAUCGACGUGCAGAUUACUAUUGUGAUUGUGUACCUGGUUAUGGAGGUAAGAACUGCUCCGUAGAAUUAACAGGUUGUAUGCAAGAAGGUACCUGUUUAAAUAAUGGUACUUGCAAACCCUACUUAGAGAACGAGACAAUUCAUAAAUUUAAUUGUUCCUGUACAAAUGGAUUCCAUGGACCUAUUUGUGAAAAUGUGACCACAAUGUCUUUGGAAGGAUCAUCGUAUGUGCUAGUGAAUACUACACGAGAUGAAGGCUAUGACAUACAAUUCCGAUUUAAAACGACAUUAGCGAAUGGUUUGUUAGCAAUUGGUAAAGGUGUUACAUUUUAUAUUUUGGAAUUAGUCAGUGGUCGCUUGAAUUUACAUUCAAGUUUAUUAAAUAAAUGGGAAGGUGUUUUUAUUGGAUCAACUUUAAAUGAUGGCAAGUGGCAAAAGGUAUUUGUUGCAAUAAACUCAUCACAUUUGGUACUGUCUGCAAAUGAAGAACAAACAAUUUAUCCAAUUAAUUUGAAUGAAGGUGCUAAUGCAUCCCAUACAAGUUUUCCUACAACUUACCUUGGUGGUACGAUACCCAACUUAAGACAAUUAACACAUGGAGAUCCAUUCUUUGUUGGAUGUGCUGAAGACGUUGUUAUUAAUGGUGAAUGGGUACUGCCAGAAUUAAAUCCAUCAACGAUUGGUGGACCAGUUGAAUUGCAAAAUAUUAAAGUUGGUUGCCCUAGAGAACCACAAUGUGAACCAAAUCCUUGCCAUUCUGGUGGCCAUUGUACCGAUCGAUGGGUCUCAUUCAACUGUUCAUGUGAAAGACCAUACAUUGGGCAUACUUGCCAAUACAAUUACACAGCUGCUACAUUUGGUCAUGAGAAUAUAACGAAUUCCUUAGUGACUGUACAAGUAACUGAAUCAGCAAGGCGGGCAGUACGAUAUGUUGCUCACAUUUCUAUGUUCAUACGUACACGUCAAAAUAAAGGUCAAAUCUUUUGUUUGGGUUCAGCAAUAACAGCUUCAAAUUUAAUGGAUAAAACCUAUAUUGCGGCUGAAUUAGAAGGUGGUGAAUUACUUCUUCGUAUACAAUUCAAUGGUACACCAGAAUCAUAUGUGGUUUCUGCGGGGGUUAAAAAGUUGGAUAAUGGAGAUAAUCAUUUGAUAGAGAUUAGUCGAAAUUUAACACUUGUUCAAGUUAAAUUAAAUGGAACAGAAUACUUCCGUAAAACUAUAAGUGCUACUGGUCCAUUGGAUGUACAAACAUUGUAUUUAGGUGGUUUACCACAAAUAUCAAGGCCUGUGAGACAAGCUGAUAUGGAAAUUGGAAGUCAGACAUCUGCAAGUCAGCCGAAAUUAAACUUAGGUGUGGCUAAUUUUAAAGGAAUUAUACAAGAUGUACAAAUAAGUAAUGGCACGAGAACAAUGAUUGUUGAAUUUUUCCCGUUGAAAGCAGAUGAUUUAGAAGUUCCCAAUUCAUUUGGUGAUGUAUUUUAUGAAAAUGGAACAAUUUUAGAAGGUGUAGUAUCUGACGAUAUGUGUAGAAUUAAUCCAUGUCAAAAUAAUGGAACUUGCUACAAUACAUGGAAUGAUUUUAACUGUAAUUGUACAAUUGGUUAUAAAGGAAAGAUUUGUAAUGAAAUGGAAUUUUGUCAAUUACAAGAUUGUCCAAGUGGAUCAAUUUGUAGAAACUUAGAUAAUGGAUACGAAUGUAUAGCAAAUGUUACGUUUGAUGGUAAAAAACCACCAUUAGAAUAUAAAUUUGUUAAUUUAAAUAACACACCAGAUGUCGUUUUUGAACAAAUGGAAAUUAAUUAUCGAAGCAACAAGAGUGGUACCAUACUUUUAAUCAUGAAUGGGGUUGAUUAUUUCAUAUUAUCAAUAAACAAAGAUUCGGUAUUGGUUCAAUGGAGUAUUAAAAAUCAAAAUGAGCAGCAUGUUUUCAGUAAAGGAAAUUCCGAUGGUGAUUGGACCACAAUUAAAUUCCAAUUCAAAGAUAAUAUCAUUAAAGGUGGUUUUAGUAAAGAUUUUAUGGAGGAUUCACCUAAAUUCACUGUUGAACACUUUGACAAUGAAUCGUUUUAUAAAAUGAUCAUGAAUUCUAAUAUAAUCAUUGGUGGGGGACUCGGUAAUUAUGAUAAAGAGAAUUUAAUUGAUUUAUCUGGAUUCAAAUUUAAUAACACUAGUUACAACGCUCAAUCUUCUAUAUAUGCAACCACGGAAAAUAUAUUGAUUAGUAAUAGUGUUGAUAUACCAACAUCUGCUGCUGUUACUGAAACUCCUCCAUUACAGAUGUCUGAAUUUGGUGAAAAUUAUAAGGGUUGUGUUGGUGAAAUUCGAAUUGGUGAAUAUCUUCUAGCAUACUUCACAGUAUCUGAACUAAAUGCAAGCAACAUCAAUGAACUAAAUCACUUUGAAUUGAAAAAGCCAAUCGACGACAUUGGAUGUUUAUUAUGUUUCGAUAGUGAUUGUCAAAAUGGUGGUGUCUGUAUGAAUGCUCUGAACGAAUACAUAUGUAAAUGUCCACCAGGUUUUGAAUCAGAUGACUGUUCCAUUGAUAUUGAUGAAUGUGUUGAUAAUAGAUGUCAAAAUAAUUCCACUUGCAUAGAUGGUAUUGCUAAUUAUACAUGUGAUUGCAAAAUAGGCUAUGAAGGAUGGUUGUGCGAUCAAGAUAUCAAUGAAUGUCUAAGUAAUCCAUGUCAGAAUGGUGGUACUUGUUUAGAUCAAUUAGGUUACUAUCAAUGUGUUUGUGAACAGGCGUAUACUGGCACAAAUUGUGAAGUACCUCCGUUGAUUACAUGUAGUAAUAAUCCAUGUAAAAACCAUUCCAAGUGCAUCGAUGAAAAGAAUAAAAAAACCGGUAAUAAUUUCACAUGUGAAUGUGCAACUGGUUUUGUUGGUGAUUUUUGUGAUAUACCAUAUUGUGAAGAAACAAAGUGUGAAAAUCGUGGUAACUGUACAAUUGUUGAGAACAAACCACCAGUAUGUGUCUGUGUACGUGGUUUUACUGGUAAAUAUUGUGAAACAAACAUUGAUGAUUGUAUUUUAGCAACUGGUGAAAGUCCAUGUCAACAUAAUGGUAUUUGUAUUGAUGGUAUUGACGAAUACACAUGUAAUUGUAAUGGCACAGGUUACAAAGGUUUACUAUGUGAACAUGACAUAGAUGAAUGUAAACAAUUUGCAUCUAGUUACCUAUGUGGUGAGAACGGUGAAUGUAUCAAUUUUAAUGGUGGCUACAAAUGUAAAUGUCCUUCAGGAUUAUGUGGUCGUAAAUGUGCAUUUACAGAUCCAUGUUACAAUAGUUUUACUAUAUCACAAAAUAAUAAGAAUAAUAUCAAUCAUGACAUGGAUAUAGAUAUUCAUACAACCGUGGAUGAAGAUGAAUAUAAAUUUUAUCAUUUAUGUGGACAACAUGGUAAAUGUGUAGAGACCUGUGAUCUAGAACCAAGUUAUAGAUGUGAUUGUUUUGAUGGCUAUCAAGGUGAUAAUUGUACAAGUAUUGAGGGUAAAUUAGAGCAUUCAGCAAGCUCUGUUGAUAUAGCAUUAAUUGUAAUACCAAUAAUAGUAGUAUUAUUAAUAAUGGCAGCCGGUGGCUUAGCAAUAUUAAUAGCAAUGGCUCGCAGUAAACGUGCAACUCGUGGUACAUACAGUCCGAGUGCACAAGAGUUUUGUAAUCCACGUGUAGAAAUGGAUCAUGUUCUAAAACCACCACCAGAAGAACGCUUAAUUUAAUAAUUUAGUAUUUUUAAAAAAAUUGCCUUAAAUAAUAAAAUAAUAUAAGAACAACAUAAUAAAAGAACAACAUUUACAUCUAGAGAUAAGUAGAUCAAAAAAAUGUAUUUUGUAAAUUUUGGACCAAUAAUAAUUUAAUAAAACAUUUAAAUGAACAAUUAGAAUAAGAAAUAUAGGAAUCAAAAUGAAAUGAAGUUGACCCAAGCCAAUUGUUUAUUGCAUUUAUAUAUUUUAUA